ACCAUUUUAAAUUUUUUCUUCUUUAGGAACCAACUACUAUUUCAGCAAUGGAGCUUUCCACUAAGCAGCAACAGCUAUAUGUUGGUUCCACUGCUGGGGUGGCCCAACUCCCUCUGCACCGAUGUGAUAUUUAUGGGAAAGCUUGUGCGGAGUGCUGCCUGGCUCGAGACCCGUAUUGUGCCUGGGAUGGUUCCUCAUGCUCUCGCUAUUUUCCUACUGCAAAGAGACGCACAAGACGACAAGAUAUAAGAAAUGGAGACCCACUGACUCACUGUUCAGACUUACAACACCAUGAUAAUCAUCAUGUCCACAGUCUUGAAGAGAGAAUCAUUUAUGGAGUAGAAAAUAGUAGCACAUUUUUGGAAUGCAGUCCAAAGUCACAGCGAGCACUGGUUUAUUGGCAAUUCCAAAGACGAAAUGAAGAGCGAAAAGAAGAGAUCAGGGUGGAUGAUCAUAUCAUCAGGACAGAACAAGGACUUCUGCUCCGUAGUCUACAGAGGAAGGAUUCUGGAAAUUACCUGUGUCAUGCUGUGGAGCACGGAUUCAUGCAAACUCUCCUUAAAGUGACCCUAGAAGUCAUUGACACAGAGCAUCUAGAAGAACUUCUUCAUAAGGAUGAUGAUGGAGAUGGCUCCAAGACCAAAGAAAUGUCCAACAGCAUGACACCUAGCCAGAAGGUGUGGUACAGAGACUUCAUGCAGCUCAUCAACCACCCCAACCUGAACACAAUGGAUGAAUUCUGUGAACAAGUUUGGAAAAGGGACCGAAAACAACGUCGGCAAAGGCCAGGACAUACUCAAGGGAACAGUAAUAAAUGGAAGCACUUACAAGAAAAUAAGAAAGGUAGAAACAGGAGGACCCACGAAUUUGAGAGGGCACCCAGGAGUGUCUGAGCUGCAUUACCUCUAAAAACCUCAAGUAGAACCUUGCCUAGACAAUAACUGGAAAAAAAAAAUGCAAUAUACAUGAACUUUUUUCAUGGCAUUAUGUGGAUGUUUACAAUGGUGGGAAAUUCAACUGAGUUCCACCAAUUAUAAAUUAAGUCCAUGAAUAACUUUCCUAACAGGCUUUCUUCCUAAUACCAACACCUAACAGAGAUCACAGGUGAGCACAGAUGUUCACUUUGGCAGACUUUAUGUUUCCUAUGAGAUUUCAUUGUACAGGUUUCGCUUUCUUCCUUGCCUGAGAAAUAAAAACGUCAUUUGCCGUAUUGCCAUCGAAAGGAGAAAAACUGCAUCAGCAAAGCCAUUUGAUUGAACUGAAAGUUUAAAAUAAACUGCAUGGAUUUACUUAGCUGAUGAAUAUUCCAAAAUGUGGUUGGAUUCAAGGAUACUUUUUGUCUACCAGCACUCGUGUUUGUAUGUACUGGAGGAGUGAAAUAAGUAAAAUGAUACUGAAUGAAAUGUUCUGUGGAAAUAUAAAAAACAUAAGCCAUCCAUCAUCCAGAAGAAAAAUGGAAUACACUGAUCUACUACUGAUGUCUUCUUUCAGCUUUGAUCUAAAGAUGUAUUUUAUUAAAACUAUAAUUUAAAUGUACCAUGACAAAUAUGCAGUAAAAAUUAGCUGUUUUCUAAGCUAGAGUAGGUUUUUGUCUUACAAUUAUUAUGCUAUAUAGUUUGUUUUAAAAAUUCCAUUUGUGUGCUGCUUGUUUUUUUUUUUAAACAUUUUGUUUUCAGUUCUAGCAAGGAUAGCUGAUGUUACUCUAGAAACAUAUACAAUAUUAACUGUUAAUGUCCAAAACAGGAUGUAAAUUAUGCCUUAUUUCUCAGAGGAAAUCAAACAAAUAGAAGCUAUUGACACCUCCUCCUUUUAAAGUAUUAUUUAAAUUAAUUCUAACUUGCAUAAUGUUUUACAAAAAACAGAGCAUUUAACCAGCCAAAACAAAGGGAAAAAAACAACUUGAUUUGUUAAAUGCAUUUUAUUAUAUCUAAAGGAUCAACAAAGAGAAAAUGAACUGUACAGCUCAUGAAAAUAAGCUUUUUCUUAAUAUAGUGUUAAUAGAAAAUGCUCUUAAUUCUGUGCUUGAAUCUCAGCAUGAUAUUUUAGACAUAAAAUUUCUCUCAUGAUUCCACUAAGAAUUGUAUAAGCCACUUAAUGAUUCAUGAAAAGAGAGACCAAUAGUAUCCAGAAUAACUUUCUAAAGACAAAUUCCCAACUGUUUUGGUCUAAAUCAGCUGUCUCUUAUCUCACUUUUUUUUAAAUACAAUUAUCUGUAUGAAGAACACAUCAUUCUUCUCAGGUCAAUGAGAAUGACUUAAACUAUUUUCCAGAAUACAACCCACACUUAAGAAAAUGUGAAACUCUUUGUUUCCUCACAAAAUAAGGCAAACGAUUUUUAAUUAAGGAUUUGCCUACUUUGUUGUCCCAAGAUGAUUCCUUGAGAAUCAUGGACUUCAAUAUGCCCAAGACUUUCAGCAUUAUAAUACUGUUCUUUUAGCACCUCACUCCCCUAGGUCCUUGUCACACACAAAAAUGUAAAGGAAGAAAAUAUCUUACUACUAAUUAAUGAAGUGACAUUGAAGUUUUAACUCCAGUUGUCUUGGGAUUCUAAUUAACAGCACUAAUUUCUCACCUCAGACUGCAGUGCAUUGUUACUCCCCAUCAGCUGAAAUAUUUCCCAGAUGGAAGCUCAUGUUUCAGUUUUAAUGAUUAUUUGAAUAAAUAAUUUGUUGACACUUGUUCAAAUAAAAGCCUAAAAGUAUUCUACAUCCAAUUUUAGGCUCCAUUGACUAAUAUGGUGUUGCUUUUGGAUGUGCAUCCUCAAAUGGAAACUGGAUUGUUAAACCGUUUGAAGAAUACACUCCUGUACAGAAAAAAAGUGUUUGAAAUAUAAGUCAAGGAACAAAGAGUGCUCCAAAAUAGGUCAUAUUUUGGUAGAGUAUCUUAAAGGUACUAAAAUUCAGUUGUAGCAUUUUGUUCUAAAUUUGCAGCUGAAACAAAUUUAUUCACAAUAACAGAAGUAUCUUAUUUCUUCUUAGUGUUUAAAAAUAAAGGAUUUGAAGGGAUGGAUAUUGUAUGGUAACUUAUGGAUGCCUUCCAAAACCUGAAUGCAUUCUGGUUAGCAUUAUGAAAUAUCAAUAGAAAAAAGUCUAGAUUUCAAUUAGAAGCAUCAAAAUAAAAAAAUUUACUGGCAUGACUUUAUAAACCAUCAGAUCUAAAUUUUUGAAUAAAAUUUUAUGUAUAACUUGCAGAUAAUUAACUCAUUACAGUCAUCAUUUUCUGCUGAUGUGUAUUGAGAAGGGGCAGUUUGCACGAAGUAGAAUUAAUGUCCCAUUUAAUAAUUCAGCUUUAAUAGACUUUGGCAUAUGCAUGUAUCAUCAGAGAUGAAACUUGGUUAAGAGACUCAUGUGACCUUAGGGAAAUUAUAACAGCAAUCUUACAGUAUAAAAAAAGAUGCAUCACAGCAGAAAAAUUAAGGCCCCAUUGAAAUAAAAUGUAAAAUGUAAAUGCAUGUAGAUGCACACUUAUUGCUUCUUUUUAUGUAUUAUUUAGUGAUUUUUAAUGGUAUGUGUUUAAUAUUUUUGCUACCUACACAUUAGGCAAAAGAGAUGUAAAUAAUUUCAAAGAGGAAGAACAGUGUAAAAUACAACUUUCUAUAGGUACUCCAUUUCAAUGUGUCGAACAUCACCUUAAAAUGCAAGAUUUUCCCACACAGGUGACAAGGUGGUUUAUGAACUUAUAUUUAAGGGCAGAACGUUUGUGCCCAUUCAACAAGCAUGCUUUUUGCCAGGUAGUAAAUAUGUUCCAUAUCUGUAUUUAUCAUUGCAUUUCAGAUGGGAACUAGAAAACUGGAGAGAAAAAAUGUAAUGAAACUGCUGCUGUAAAUUAUUCUUUUUAGCAUGUAUUCAGUUGCUAAAUACACAUUUCUUCAAAAUAUUUGAAUUCAGAUGUCUUUACUGUUCCCUGUAACAUAUGGUGUUAAGGAACAUAAGCUUAGGAAAUUCUGAAAACCAGAGUCAGGUUGCUACAUAAUUAGCUAACAGAUUUCUUCAUUGUAGUCAUAUGUAAACUAGAUUCUAUAUUUAUGAUGAUGAUGUGAACUUUUAUGACCUUUAAAUUAAAUAUUGUUCUUUUUGAUGUCAUACUUAAAAAAAAAUAUGGGGAUGAAAUUCUACAAUGUGUCAUUACCAUCAUCAGUUUGGUUUCAUUCCAGAUCUAUAAAGAUGGCAGGUGAUUGUUAUUGAUAUUGCCUAUUCUGAAAUUCAUAGGCAAGCAUUUUAUUAAUAUGGAAGGAAUCAGUAUAACAUUUGGAUAUCUUUGGCUUACAAAUUCAUUUUUUAAGCACAAUUUCCAUUUAGUCCACAUCUAUCCAGUUUCAUGACUUCAAAGACACACUCACUAAUAAGUAGGAUUCAACAUCACCUUUUUGUAUAAUAACAUGUUAGAUAUAAACUAGCCCAAUGCCAAAGACACUGUGUUUUCAUUUUAAUUUAUCUUAAUAAUUAUUUAGAAUCAAUGUCAAUGUUUAGAAAACACAUAUUUCCAUAAAGAGGAAAGCAUUAUAUUUCAAAGCAAUUGCAAAAUCCUAUUAGUUUGAUUUCUAACAAUUUCUUUAUACUAGUUAAUUAUAGAAAUAUAUAUAUUUUUAAGUUAGAAGGUUAAGAGGACCCCAAAAUGAAAUAGAGAAGAAAGAUGCAAAAAUGGGAUUCAUGUAGUAAGACUAUUUCAUAAUCAACCUAACCAAAGAAAACACCAUUUCAAACAUACAGGCAAAUCACAGUCAGAGGGAAAGGUACCAAAUCAAAUCAAAUGGUACAAUAACAACAUAAAGAUGAAUUUGAAUAUGAAGAAAAUGGACUUCUAGACAUCUUGUACUUUGGAACCAGAUUUCUACCUGCUCAGGUGUCACUGAGAGCUUGACUACCAAUUCUGUGCUGGUGGCCUAUUAGGUAAUGCAGGUACUGCAUGAAAUAGGAACCCUAUCCUCCAAGAGCUCACUGUGAGAUGAAUUACCACCAUUGUUUCUGGCAAGCUUAUUCUGAUCUUCCUGUCCAUAGAACACAUUAACUCCCUUCUCUGUGCUAAAUCUGUGCCUGGUAUGUUUCUUUUAUUAACUCACUUGUCACAUGAGUGUGAUUUUUUUUUUUUUACAUUCUUGAAUCCCUUUUCAGACUGUGAGAUCCCUGAGAAUAGGGAACAGGGUUUGUAUCCAGUUCUGUUCUUCCCCAGAGCCUAGCAUGAUGGCAAAUACAGGAAGGAGUUCAGUGCAUCACUGGUGGAAAGAACUAUGUUACAUACAAGGUGGUAGGGUUCCCACUUGAAGUUCAUGAUAAAUAUGCUGUGAGUUCAAAGAGGAGGGAGGCAUUAGUAUGAGAAGGGAGAUCACGGAGCACUUCAGACAAAAGGUGAUAUCUAAACUUUGAUAUAAGUCAGAUUUGCCUAGAUAGAGAAAGAGAGAAGGGAAGUCUGGGUAGAGAAAAUAGGAGUAUGAAAGAGAGGUGUAAAAAGUGCUUUUUUUAAAAAAAAAAAAUCUGGGAAUUAGUAUUCUAAAUAAAUAGAGCACAUGGUUCAAAAAGAAAAGUAAAACAGCCCACUACUUUGAGUCAAAAUGAUGUACUCAUUUAUUUUUUUCAUGGAUUGUGGUUUAUCACUUCUUACUUAUAGUCCAUAUACUCAUCCCAGGCAGGUGAUGUUAUAUGUCAUACAUUGUACCUCCUACCCCACCCACACUCUCCUUAUUGUUCCUAUUAAUAUUGACCUCACUUAUCUUUACUCAGCUGUAGGCAAAAUACUGGGCAGUGCUCCUAUAGUCAUCUUCCAUCUAGUCUUUGUGCCACAGUUUUUUCUCUAGUUCAACCCACCACACUUGGCUCGAGUUGGAAUAACACAAAUGAAUGGCAUGGAGAUGCUGUCUUAUCUGUUGACCCCUCUGUGCUUCAACACAAUUCAAACAGAAAAAACUUAUGUUACAUUUCACCUACCUCACUCACCUAGUGUUAGAGUACUCGACCUGGGGUUCCAACAUCUCCUUAUCAAUUAGCAAUGAGACUUCCACAAAAUAGUAUUAAAAUAUGAAGCCUGUAUUUAUUCAAAGAAUACUAUAGAUGGAGUAACUUGUGGCUAAACAAUGCUACAGGUUAGAUUAGCACACACAGUUGCCUGGCAAAGUUUCCUAUUCUUUUUUUAAUGAAAACAAAAGAGAUGAGGCCUAGCUUUGUCUUGAAUCUGUCACCAUUACAUUAAACUGUCAAGUAUUUUCUCAUAUAACAAAGGAAUGUAUUUUAUUUCUCUUAAUCUAAACAAUAUACUUGUAGAUACAAUGUUUAUUUAUAUAGUACCUAAGAAAAGUUCUCAUAAAUGUGUUCAAGUCAUCACAACUGGGGUAAUUUUGAAGUCUCAACUUCCAUCUUUUCUCUGUAUAUCUCACUGGAGCAUUAGACCUCAAGUAAAUACAUUUUUUAAAUCCA